CUCGGGGAUUGCCCGAACGAUAUGGGGUGAGGAGUUGUUUCCCUCCUAGGUCAAAAGCUCGAUUGACUCAAUUACUCUACCGUUAGGAGAUAGACUCCCUAGGGAAUGACCCGGAACGGUGAAUCAAUGAAUGUGGUAGCCUCUAUUCAACCUAGGGCAACCAUAUAUCGUAGGAGAUUGAUGGAAUCGACUCCCUCGGGGAUUACCCGGACGAUAUAGGGUGAGGAGUGACCCGAAGUCGCCAAUAAUGGGCUCUAAGUGGAUUUUCUCCCUCCUAGGUCAAAAGCUCAAUACAUUAAAAUGGAAACUCAACUCAUGUCAUUCAUGAAAACAUUCAUCAAUUAAGUAAAAUCAUCAAUCAAACAUGGAAUGUGUCACAUACAUCAACAUUAAACCCAAAUCUAAACCUAGGGUUCUUAAACCAAGAUAAGAGGGUGAGUUUCUAGAGAGAGAAGGGAGAAACUAAAAAUUGGACCCCAAGAUCUUUUUCUUCUUCUUCUAUGCUUGAAUCCUUGUCUUCAAGAUCAACCCAAGCCUCCAAUUAAGCUUCAAGAUCACUCAAGCACUCUCCCUCUCUCCAGAACUCCCCUUUGGUGUUUUGUGUUGAAAUCCUAGAGAGAGAAACUAUUUCAUCUCCUAAAAACCAGCUCUCCCUUUCUUCCUUCUACUGUUGCCUUUUAUACCCAAAUCGAAGGUUGUUCACGACCGUGAACUCAAAGCCUGGACCGUGAACUCGAACCAAAUCGCGUCGUUUCACUACAGCACUUCACGGUCUAGAGCUAAAGUUCAUGGUCUUACGACCGUGAACUGACUUGGCGUCAGCAACCUCUGGAAUGGCUCUGGAAACGGGCCAGUUCACAUUCACGAGGCAAUUGUCACGGUCGCUUUGGGCAUUUUUUCACUUUUUCACGCUUUUCAACCUCCAAUCGAACCGAAACUCUUCCUCGACCCUCCCACACGUACUAGGACCUGAAAAAUAUCAAAACAAACACAACCUAGCGUAAAAUAGGUCAAGGAAUGGUGAUCUACUAAGCAAAACGGAUAAGAAAUGAGGGGUAAAAUGUGUGCAUUUGGACCCAAAUCACACUACUUAGAUAGCGAUGACUUUGCUCUUUAACUGAAAUCAAGUUUUUGGGGUUGUGGUGUCACUCAAAUUACUUUUUAUAAAGAAAAGUGCAUAAAAUGAAAUAAAACUGAAAUUGGACAAGGAAAACAAUAAAGAAAGAAAGGUGUUGCAUAGGCAAGCCUCCUCUAGAAUUUUCUUAGACGGGUAUCAUAACAAUUGGCGACAUACAAAUAGGUGACAGACGAAAUUCACACAUAUUCCUUCACUGACUAUUCUUCUUGUCCUAACAUCUAUCGAUGGAUCCCUCCUUUUGAGAUGGACUAGUAAGACAAGUGGGUCUGUUAGCUAGUCAUAUGUCUUUCAAAUAUUCCUUCACUGGGAGUCACUCGGAUCCAAGGGGUUUGGGGCGUCAGCCAUGACUUUGAGGGGGUAGGCGCCCCACCUCAGUAGAAGUGAGAAAAGAGAAGAAGUAUAUAGAGAGAGAAAUUAGAGAGAAGUAAUAGUAAGAGUAGAUAGAUUGCCAUUUAUGAGGAGAAAACUCCUAUUUAUACACAUUUGAGGGUUAGGUAGUGGUCUGGGCGCCUGCCAAGCCAUAAAUGCUGUGGUCGGGCGCCUCAGACCUUCUGACACUGUACAUGGUACUUUUUGACAGAGGGUGUCCCCCUGCCCCUUGUCCUUGUUGAUGUCAGGUGCCUGGCCUUGUCUUUUGUCUCCUUGCCUUGUCCUUUUGCUCUUUUGUCUUCUUUCCUUCUUUAUACCAUUAGCUAGAGUUUUGCCUCCUUAGUUACUAGGAUACUCUAUCAAUUGCCCCUUUGACGUCGGUAUGAGUAUCAUGGCGGCGUCAACAUAAAGUGAGUUUCACUAACCUUGCUUUCUCGUCUUCACAAUCAAGUGCCAGCUCUCUUUCUUUAGUUAAUCGGUACCAGGCUCUUCCUUUCAAGUGGGUGCUUCAUUUCCUUAUUGAUCUUCUGAUCUGUUGAGCGCUUGUGCACCCAUGUGGGUGUGCUUGCUUCCAAAUAAGGUGUAGUAAAAUGAGGAAGAAUAAACACAUGUCUCAAGUAACGGAGACUAUCAAAAGAAGCAAUCAUGCCCCUUUUAUCAAGCGCCUGACGCUUGCAUUCUUCCGUUCUUCAUCAAUUAUUUCCUAAGUGACUACUCUUUCAUCUUAGAGGAUGUGCCUACGCUCGUGUUAGAGUAUUCAAUCUAUCUUGACAAUCAAAUGAAGUUGAAACAAUCUUGUCAGUUUUCCUUUGAUUGUGCCUUGCCCAUUUGAAACGAGCGCCUAGCGCUCUUUUCCAAUUUUUUUCUUUUUCUUUUUGCCAAAAGAUACCACUGAUAUUCAAAUGCUUUCCAUUCAUUGUCUAAGAUGCUCCAUUUUUCUUUCGAUUGCUUGUGCUCUUUUAGAAGAGUGCUUGCUUCGAUUCUUUGGCUAAGCACUGGUCACCCAGCUUGUCGUUAGUUUCCCUAAGACCCAAACUCAACGAGGUGUUUGGCGACUCACUCCUUUGCCGAUGUGUCUGACCUUCAGUUGGGCGCCUGACAUUUUACUCCUUAGCGAGGUGCCUAACCUUCAGUGGGGUGCCUGGCGCCUCACUCCUUCGCUUAUGUCUUUGGUAAGCAUUUGUCACACAGCUUGUCGUUUGUUGCCUUAAGACCCAAAGUCAACGAGGUGCCUGGUGACUUGCUCAUUUGCCGAGGUGCCUGACCUGGCACCUCACUCCUUCAGCGAGGCGCCUGGCACAACACUCCUUCAGCGAGGUGCCUAACCUUUCAGCGGUGUACAUGGCGACUCGCUACUUUGUCGCGGUGUUUAACAUUUGAUAGGGUGCCUGACACCUCACUCCUUCGGUGAGGUGCCUGGCGACUCGCUCAUUUACAUAGGUGUCUGACAUUCAGUUGAGCGCCUGUCACCUCACUCCUUCAGCGAGGCGCCUGACACCACACUCCUUCAGCGAGGUGCCUUACCUUCAGUGGGCGCCUGGCACCUCACUGACAUUCAGUUGAGCGCCUGUCACCACACUCCUUCAGCGAGGUGCCUAACCUUGAGUGGGCGUCUGACACCUCACUCCUUCAGCUAGGCGCCUAACCUUGAGUGGGGCACAUGGUGACUUUCUCAUUUGCCGAGGUGCCUGACCUUCAGUUGGGCGCCUGGCACCUCACUCCUUCAGCGAGGCGCCUGGCACCACACUCCUUCAGCGAGGUGCCUAACUUUCAGCGUGUACAUGGCGACUCCUUCAGCCAGGCGCCUUCCGCCAGGCGCCUAACCUUGAGUGGGGCGCCUGGAACCUCACUCCUUCAGCCAGGCGCCUAACCUUGAGUGGUCACAUGGUGACUUGCUCAUUUGCCGAGGUGCCUGACCUUCAGUUGGGCACCUGGCACCUCACUCCUUCAGCGAGGCGCCUAGCACCACACUCCUUCAGAGAGGUGCCUAACCUUCAGUGGGGCGCCUGACCCCUCUCUCCUUCAGCAAGGCGCCUAACCUUGAGUGGGGCACAUGGAGACGCUCCUUUGCCGAGGUGUCUGAUCUUCGGUUGAGCGCCUAACACCUCACUCUUUUAGCGAGGUGUCUGACCUUCAGUGGGGCGCCUGGCUUCUCAUUCCUUCGUCUAUGUAUGAUACUAACAACUUAGAACCUUACUCUUGUAAGUCUAACAUUACUUGCUUUGGUUUAUUUGAGCGUACAGGCGCUUCAAUGAGGUGUCUGGCGACUCGCUCCUUUGUCGGGGUGCCUGACCUUUGGUAAGGCGCCUGACACCUCACUCCUUCAGCGAAGUGCUUGACCUUCAGUGGUAGGAUGUCUGGCACCCCAACUUCUUUGCUUGUUUUUCUUUGUCAAACUUGUUUUAAAACGAGGAUAGGCUAAUGGGUGAACGGCCAAUCACCCCUGGUGAGACUUUUUCAAUGUCAAGCUCUUCCUCAAGCUCUUCCUCAAGCUCUUCCACGCAUCGAGGUGAGUUUCGCCACUUUUUUCGGUCGGAGGCGCCACCUCCACUCUUUUAGGCGCUUUGGUUUCUGAAACGGAUGAAGACAGAUCUGAUUUGGCUGCUCCGUUCCAAUUGGGGGCGCCUCCUUCCUUACUUUUCGCUAGGCGCCUUUGCUUCUUGUUAAACGGUAGAUACCUUUCGCCUUCUUUCUCCUAGGCGCUCCCCCCUUGAAGGCUCUCAUCGGCGCCUUUCGCUUUGACCAUUUCUGUCGGGAGCCUCACUCCGUAGAUUAGGUACGUUUUAACUCGGCUAUUCGAAGGGGAACAUUCGCUCUUUCUUUUGUUUGAAACAGAGGCACCUCCGAACGUCGGGCUCAAUCAUACUGCUAUGUAGUUUUCCGCUGAAGAUGCCGCCUGCUCUCCCCUGCUGGCAGGCGCCUCCCCUUCUUCCUUCUCUCGGCGCUUUUGUUUCUAACUGUUUCUGCCUCCUUCCUUUGCAAAAGUUACCUCUCCAUAAUUGUUAUUUGUUGGGAGUUUCCCCUUCCAGCUCGUUAGGUGCUUUUGAGACGCAUCAACAAGUAAGCGCCGCCCUUCGUUAUUGCUAGGCGUUUUUUCAAUUGAAGGCGCCGCCUUCUAGUUUUCUCAUCUUACUGCUUUUGCAGGUGUUACCGAGAGCUCCCCUCCGAUCAUUUAGGCGCUCUUGCCUACCAACAUAGGUAGGCUUUGCCCCUCGUAUUUUCGAACGCCAUUCCUUGGAUUUUGCUAAGCUCCUUACCUUGUUUAUCGCUCUAUGAUACUUGCACCUGUUUAUAAUGCAGGUUCAGCCUCAAGGCGUCUUAAGGCACCCGUUUUUCUUACGCGUAGCCUCUUUGAAAAGAGGUGAUGCGUUUUGGUUUCUCCUCAACGGAGGAAGCGGGUCUGGGUGACCCCUUCUGACAAGGCAGGAAAUUUCGCGAGGGAUAUGGCCAAGGCACCACCUCUCAUGGGGACUCGUAAAACGAGCUCCCUACGCUCGGAUGAAGAUCCGGGCGUAAGCACUAAGGUUCUUCCGCUGGUUGCGGGUAAAAGGUUUUGCUAAGAUGACUAUCUUAAGCAAAACUUGAUUUUUCUUACGUGUACCCCUGAGAAGGAGGUGACACGCUUAGGCUUCUCCUCGACGGAGGAAGCGGGUCUGGGUAACCCCUUCUGGCAAGGCAGGAAUUUUGCGAGGGAUAUGGCCAAGGCGCCACCUCUCAUGGGGACUCGUAAAACGAGCGCCCGACGCUCGGAUGAAGAUCUGAGCGUAAGCACUAAGGCUCUUCCGCUGGUUGCGGGUAAAAGGUUUUGUUAAGAUGACUAUCUUAAUCAAAACUUGAUUUUUCU